CGUUGCACUCAAUGAAAGAGCCAGACGGGUCAUGCGUGAUGACGUCAUCACGCACGUCCGAAGCCUCCGUCUUGCCUAGCGCGAGGCGAUUGUUGGAUCAGCGAGUUACGCGCCGAGCUUCUUGAGACCGCUGUGAGCUCGACAAGCGGACGGGCGUGUGGCGGGCUGUCUCGGCAAUGCACCAAACCUCACCGCGCAUCAGCGUCCAGUUUGCUGAACACAGCGCCUUCAACAAACAGCGAGAGGGUGGACCGACACUCCAUCUCAUCUCGUUGACCGUGCUUUGAGGGGUUGUGUGUGUGCGACCUUCAAAGUCACCUAAUCGUAGAUCGGUCGACUAGCAUGGAGCAUUCCGCUGAGCAGAAGGACAGCGGCGAUCAAAAGAGCUCCGCUUCUCAAGUCCUGGGCUCAUCCGCAGCCAACGCCCUUGACCUGGAGAUGGCCAUGUGGGAUUACGAAGCGCAAUGGGACACGCCCGGUACCACGGGCUUCCAGACCGAUUCCUUGAGCCGGAAGAGAAAGUGCGCAAAUACUGACAAGGAGGAUCCAGCGGCGACACCGUCGAAAAAACUGAAGGAUGACGCCAAUGCUAAUCAGGAUUUCUUUGUGAACCUUUGGCCGGAUGAACUGGAGUUAGACGUUUAUCCCCCAGGGAGCGAAAAAAAGCGACACUGGGCAGAGGUUAGGAAUCUCUUGUCGUGCCCGAUGUGCCGAUUCCGCACGACCGAAGAGGACGAGCUGGAGAUGCACUUGAAGAGCAAGCCACACUGCGAGUCGAUGAGGAUCGUCGAUGAAUCCUUCGGCGAGAGCCCCAUGGCCCUCCGUCUCCUCAGGGAAUUGAUGAAAGCUCGAAAUGAGAAACGUAAGCAGAGGAUGCGAUUGAGGGAGGAGGGUGCCUGGGGAAGUACGAUGGAACCGACCGUGAAUAUUCCCUGCGAUCCUGAUAAAGCACGGCUAAAAUUGGAUGAUGAUAUGGAGGUUAAAGACAUGAUUCGGUGUCACGCCUGCAACACCUAUUUGGUUAACGAUUCUAAAAUCCUGAAUGAGCACAUGGCUUCGAAUACACACGUACUCCAGAAACAGAAUUACUUGGAAGAAAGAAAAGAAGUUGCCAUACACGCUGCCAAGUGCAUCCUCUCCCAGCCGAAGAAUAUCCAAUUGUUUGAGAAGUACAAAGAGGCCCUCUAUGAGAAAGAGAUGGAACAGAUGAAGAGGGAAGAGGAGGAACUCUUGCGGAAAUUUAAAGAGAGCGUCGGAGCGAGUGUCGAGUCGAGCAAGGCCCAGUCGGGCGCCCUGCAGGCAGCAGAGAGAGCGCCGGAGGGCCCCAAACGGGCUGGACUGGCAAGCAAACCGGCCGGCAACACGAAGGUGGUGGCUCAGAAGGGCAAGAAAGCGAUCGCCGAAGCGGGCAGCGUGGUGGCAGUGGUAACCAAGAAAGUGGUUAAUGUCGCUGCCAAGACAGCCAUGGGCACACGUAAGGCUGUUCCACCAGUCAAGGCUGCUGCACCAGUCAAGGCUGUUACACCACCUAAGGCUGUUGCAACAGGAAAGGCUGUUGCCCGAGUUAAGGCUGUUGGAGCAGUUCAGGCUGUUGCACCACCUAAGGCUGUUGUUGCAACAGGAAAGGCUGUUGUUGCAACACCUAAGGCUGUUGCAACACCUAAGGCUGUUGUUGCAACACCUAAGGCUGUUGUUGCAACACCUAAGGCUGUUGUUGCAACACCUAAGGCUGUUGUUGCAACACCUAAGGCUGUUGUUGCAACACCUAAGGCUGUUGUUGCAACACCUAAGGCUGUUGUUGCAACACCUAAGGCUGUUGUUGCAACACCUAAGGCUGUUGUUGCAACACCUAAGGCUGUUGUUGCAACACCUAAGGCUGUUGUUGCAACACCUAAGGCUGUUGUUGCAACACCUAAGGCUGUUGUUGCAACACCUAAGGCUGUUGUUGCAACACCUAAGGCUGUUGUUGCAACACCUAAGGCUGCUGUUGCAACACCUAAGGCUGCUGUUGCAACACCUAAGGCUGCUGUUGCAACACCUAAGGCUGUUGUUGCAACACCUAAGGCUGCUGUUGCAACACCUCAGCCUGUUGUUGCAACACCCAAGGCUGUUGUUGCAACACCUAAGGCUGCUGUUGCAACACCUCAGCCUGUUGUUGCAACACCCAAGGCUGUUGUUGCAACACCUCAGGCUGUUGUUGCAACACCUAAGGCUGCUGUUGCAACACCUCAGCCUGUUGUUGCAACACCCAAGGCUGUUGUUGCAACACCUAAGGCUGCUGUUGCAACACCUCAGCCUGUUGUUGCAACACCCAAGGCUGCUGUUGCAACACCUAAGGCUGCUGUUGCAACACCUCAGCCUGUUGUUGCAACACCCCAGGCUGUUGUUGCAACACCUCAGGCUGUUGUUGCAACACCUCAGCCUGUUGUUGCAACACCUCAGGCUGUUGUUGCAACACCUAAGGCUGUUGUUGCAACACCUAAGGCUGUUGCAAUACCUCAGGCUGUUGUUGCAACACCUCAGGUUGUUGCAACAGGAGGAGUAAUUGUUGCAAUGGGUAAGGCUACAGGUGUAACUGUAGCAGAAGACACGGCUGCUGGAGCAGGACAAGGCUGUUGCAACAGGAGGCAAGGGUAAGAAUAAAUCGGGAAGGGCGGUUAAAAAGAUUGGUAAGGUUGGAGAACAGAGUAGAAAUGUAGCGAAGAUAAGCGGAGCAGAAGGGCCACGUUUGGAUAAAUCUGCCGAUGGGGUUAAAGAUGCCAACGAGGCAGCGGAGGUUACGGGCAAUACUUUGGGACAC